UUACCUCAACGGACGCGGGUUGAUGAGCCCCUGGGAAUUAGGUUUUUGGAGCGUGUUUUAGAGCCAGAGAGGGAGAAGGCAAGGAAAGCCGCGGCGGAGGGCAGUCUGCAAAUUUCCUCUCAAAUUCCACACCAUGGCUGAGCAGACAGAGAAAGCAUUUUUGAAGCAACCCAAAGUUUUCCAAAGUUCUAAGAAAUCUGGCAAGGGUAAGAGACCCGGGAAGGGUGGAAACAGGUUUUGGAAAAACAUUGGACUUGGUUUCAAGACACCAAGAGAGGCCAUUGAAGGAACGUACAUUGACAAGAAAUGCCCUUUUUCUGGCAAUGUUUCUAUCAGGGGGCGUAUUUUGACAGGAACAUGCUACAGUGCUAAAAUGACAAGAACCAUAAUCGUGCGCAGAGAUUAUCUUCACUUUGUGAAGAAAUACCAAAGAUAUGAGAAGAGGCACUCUAACAUACCAGCACAUAUUUCACCUUGCUUUCGUGUCAAGGAAGGUGACCAUGUCGUGAUUGGUCAAUGCAGGCCCUUGUCAAAGACUGUGAGGUUUAACGUCCUGAAGGUUAUUCCAGCAGGUUCCUCGGGCAGUGGUGGCAAGAAGGCCUUUGCACCCAUCUAGGUUUUCCUUGAUUGCUGUCGCGUUUAUUUCUGAUUAGGAAUAUUGCGAACUCUUUUAUUUUUGGACACAUGAUUAGCAUAGAAUGAGGUUUACUGGAGUUUCUUGGGAGUUGGCAACUGGGUUCUUCGUGCAUUUUUCCUGUUGGUGGUCUUGGGAGUUGGAACUGUAGUCUUGAUCAUUUUUCCUAUUGGUGGUUUUACUUGAUAUUUUAUAGAGCAGUUUGUUGGUGCUUUCAGCUGCUCUUUUAUAUGGAAAUUUUACCCGAGAUUGUCUUUUUGAG